UCUUUGCUUUCCACCAUGAAUCCCCUACUCCGUCUCGCGAAUUUGGACCGGCUGCCCAUCACGAUUAGGGUCCAUGCAAAGGCGGCAAGCGGACCGACCGGCUCGUUAGCCGCUCUCGAAAGAAUCUUGCGCUUCCUCCCGACAAUGUCCUCUGAAUCCUUGCAAAAUCUCAUCCCACUGCUCUACAACAUCCUUGAUCCUGACUACGCGGACCUGUCCACCUUCUUUGAAGCCCCAAAGCCGAAUUACACGCUUGUCCACCGUGCAGCACUGGCUUUGGAGAUCAUGUACCAGAAUCCUAUUGUCAACAGUGCCAUCGAGGCAGCACCAGACAUCUGGGAGAGAGUUUGGCCCUGGGUCCACUUUCUCUACCAAUUCCGCGACAUGUUAGGCAGCAAUCUCCCGGCAGCACCAUUCAUCAGUGCUGUCCUUGUGGGUGCAAUGGCAAGACUUACAGAACAUUCAAGAGAGCUCCGUGAAAAGAUAAUGGAAACUCCAGGUGCUCUAGCUGUUGUGGCUGGCUGCUGGCCUCACAUCCUUCAAAUUGAAAAUCCAACUGAGCGAAUGCUACCUUGUGUGAUGGUAGCAGUAUUUAUCAAAGAUGAGCGGAUUACUCGCCAACCAUACCUAAAUGAUAUUGUCCAUGCAACAGGGGGCUCUGUGUGGCACUUUUCACAGGUGGUCAUGAAGCAGAUUCAGGUUCUUGAUUUGCCUCAGAACUCGGCAGAUGAGAAGACCAUUCGACAAUUCACCAUCAUGGCACAUCUUUCAAGCUAUUUUGACAGGGAUGCACCUAGUGAUAAUUCUCCUCCUCUUAGUCUAUAUACUCAAGCACUUUUGAAACAUGGUUUUAGCUAG